AUAAAGGUUCCACCUGUCUUCGUUUACUUGCAGGGUUAUCCUCUUGUUGCUGUUGUCUGCUCUGAUAUAAACAUGCAUUUCCGUCUGAUUCAAAUGGUUUCGAUUUCGUUUUUUCUUUCUCCCUAUCAAACGAUUAUGAGCUUUUCAUCAAGCCAUACUCUAUAUGGAAGCGAUUAAUCCUUCCGCUAUCUGCUGCUAUUUCCAGAUGAAGUCUGUUUAUAACUAUCCGUCCAAAAGUGGUUUCCUUACUACAGCAGGAUGCUGUGGAGUAAUUCCACGUCAAUGAGCGAGCGCUGCUGUGAUGGCCAUGUCUGGUUCUCUCUCGACUGCCGCUGUUUACCCUAACAGCAUAGGCUCAAUGGGUGAUUAGAGAAGAUUUGUGUGUCAUCUGUCGGUCUGUGUCCUAUUGUCGGCUGUAUGCGCCCCUUCCCCGCGUCCUCCCGAAAGGAACCAACCAAAUGCACCGAGCCCAAUGCUGAGUCAGUAGUAAGCAACCUAGCCGUAGUCAGUGUAGUGUCGGCUUCGUUCAGAGAGUUCGUUGUAUGAAUUUGCUGUUAUUAUAACCGCUGCUGUUGUUAUUCUCUCCUCACUGCGCGUUACGUUUGUUCCGUUUGUUGUUGUCAUAAUUGCUCCAGCUCAAAAACAGCUUUCGGCUGCCGAAAAACAGGGAAAUUCAAAACGAAAGUGAGUAGAUGUUGACAGGAAGAUCUCAACGAGAUGCUGCUAGUAAGGCUCCCGAUAUUGCGGCUGCUAUCAGACAAAAGGAGGCUAUUUUGACGACUUUCAUCUCUGGUCCCGCUACUGGCGUUGGUGUAGCUGUUUAUUUAUUGAUAACAUAGUUCAACUAAAAGCUCCUAUUUCUUUACGUCUGGAACAACAAAGUCGUAUUGUUCGACGCGUAAGAUACUGGCCCAAGCGCAUAGUGUUUGGUACUCGUACGACUACCGACCCGAACCGGUGUCAGUACAUCAGUGCGCCCUCGCACAGUGCUAGUGAGAAAAAGUAAAUGAAUAAACAAAGUCACAUUGUUUGCGUCCUUUUGGUUAACGCGGGUUAUUUGAGCAUCGUCCGCACAUUUCGGCCUUGCGCUAUAAUAUUAUUAGUCGAAACAACAGAGAUGCUGUACAGCUGUCGGCCUGCAGGUCAACUCGGUAGUGAAGUGUCUGAUCGUUUUGGCAGCUAAUGAGAUUUUGAAAGAGGCCGUUUAUCCAACAGCAGAUAUCCAGGAGCAGAAAUCGAACACGAGGAAUAUUGCAUUAUCAAAUGAAGCACCCAAAGCGACGUGCCAGAUCAUAUACCGAGUCGGUACGCCGUCGAUGCAAAAGUAAACGAUUUGGUUUUUCAUAGCCGUCAAUGGAUGCUAAGCAGGAGACACAAACAAAUGUACUAGUAGAAGAUGAUGCUACAAUUUGUUUCAACCACCAUCGUUUUUCAUUACUUCAUCACCGGCUACUAACGUUUUGUAGUUCACGCCUUGCGUUCAACCGCCUUCCAGCGCCAAGAUGAGCGGCGUCAAUAUGGCGGCCUCCCCAAUGGAGUCGAGCCAUUCGCCGAGUGCGGACUCAGUUCAAUGUGGGCCCCGAUGCCGAAGGCAGCAGCGUCUCAAUGCUUUUGAUGAGAUUAACGAACGUCAAGUUGACGACGUGUGCUUGACUUCUUUCUACAGGCCACAUACAAUUUCUUUACUUGUAGGGUUCAUUGUUUUUUUAAUCUAUUUCGCCUUCACUCGAGAUGACCACCGACUUGAAGACAACAUCAAGGAUGGGCUGUUUUGCGUAUUGUUCUUUUUCAUGAUAAUUUCUGUGCUAGCGUUUCCAAAUGGCCCGUUUACUCGACCCCACCCUGCCCUGUGGCGCAUGGUAUUUGGAAUGUCUGUUUUAUAUCUAAUGUUUCUAAUAAUUGCGCUUUUUCAAAGCUUCGAGACACUGCGGGAGAUACAGUACUCGUUCUAUCCGGAGCUACGUGAUUUUCACAUUGACUCGGAGAAAGAGUACGGUGUCGACUGUUGGAAUAUUACUUGGGAAAAAAUCUGGUCACACUGUGACGUGUUUGCAGUUGGCCACUUCGUCGGUUGGACCAUGAAAGCCGUCCUGAUUAGGCAUUAUGGCAUCUGCUGGACAAUUUCAGUUACGUGGGAAAUCACCGAGAUGGCAUUUGCUCAUCUUUUGCCGAAUUUUGUCGAAUGCUGGUGGGAUGCAUUUAUUCUCGAUGUGCUUAUUUGCAACGGGCUUGGCAUCUGGUUUGGUAUGCAGAUCUGCCGUUUUCUCGAGAUGCGCACUUACAAAUGGGAGUGUAUCAAGGAUAUUGACUCAAUUUCGGGUAAGUUACGUCGGGCCGUACUUCAAUUCACGCCCCAGUCAAUGACCAAAGUUAGCUGGCUGGAUCCUGCAUCAGGCUACGUAAGGAUACUGGCUGUUACUGAACUAGUCAUCUUUUGGCAGAUCACUGAACUAAACACGUUUUUCUUGAAGCACAUUUUUGAGGUGCCACCAGACCACCCGUUGUCGCUGAUCAGACUUGCGCUGGUUUCAAUUAUUGUGGCGCCAGCAGUUCGCCAAUUCUACAGUUAUGUGACAAAUACCAGAGUAAAGCGUGUCGGCACCCAGUGCUGGGUGUUCGGAGCGAUCAUGAUGACAGAGGCCCUCGUCUGCAUCAAGUUCGGUUUACAGCUUUUUAAGUUAACGCAAGUUCGAAAUAUUAUCAUCUGGUUGAUAAUCCAAUUUGGCCUAUCUUGCGUCUGUGUUUAUAUGUGUGUCUGGUGGCAGACUAGAUGUCAGAAGAUGCAAUUACUCCGAAGAGCGAACGAACGUCAGCCAGGCAACGACGGCGAUAGGUCGGAACAGAUGGACCUUCUGACCGUCAGCGAUGACGAGGAAAGUAGGAAGAACGUGUAACGCGGUCUGAGCAAGCUUCGUGCUUUAUAUAGACAGGACGGAAAGUAACUAACAAAAUACGAAUAAAAGAUUACGUAAACUGCUUAUAUCAAUUACGCGGGUGACGAAAGCAGCUCAACUUUACAUCAAAAAUAGGAGUCCGUGCACUUUCAGUGAAGUUGCGAUGGUGCCUUCACCGUGGAAGAUACCUUCAAGGACUCACCGGCGUAACCAUAUGCAUCUUUCGAUCACAGGACAUUUUGACAGGUGAAAUGUUGAAUGUAACAGCAACAUCAUUAAUGACGUCAGCUCUGCACCAAUGUAUGAAAAUAUUAUGUGACGAUAUGAAGGGAUAUCAUCGAUAUGACAAAAGACAUUUAACGAUUUCACCGGGGAGCAAUCGUACGGGACUGCCGUACUAAGCACUUUUAAAUCUUAGUUACGAAAAAUAUAUGUUUGCUUUUAAAAGGCAAGUUUGUGAGGGGUACUGUAAUAAAAGCGUAAAGCAUUUCCUGGCUUACGCUGCCUCAUGACGCGAUGCAACUAGAUACGGUGAAACAUUAACUGGUACGUAUAGUCUACGAACAAUUGUAUAGUAUUAUGGUCUGUGCAUGUAUUCUGAGAGCGAUAUCGUAUUGAUAUUAUAGGAGAGCAUUGACCUUAAUCUUGUGAAUGGUGGCUCUGCAAUAAUGAAUACGAAAGAUAAGGUGGAUUGAGGCUCAAUACAAGAGUGCCAACUUUGCGGCCAGCAUAAGGUCACUAAAUCCAGUAAUCUAAUAUUAAAAAAAAAAAUAUAAACCCACUCAAUACAAGUACGACUAUAUUUGGGUGAUAUCAACGGAAAAGCUAAGUCGUUUAGCCAUAGAAACAUGGCCAUAAUGUUGCCGAGAUAUCAAGGCUCACUACGCGGCAGAGACAACUAGAUAUAAGAUUAGUGGUAACGUAUCAGCUUAUAUUCAUAUACACGCAUAACGCUAAGGUAAUAAGGUAAGGUAGAAAUAGCGCUUCGGAUGAGUUCUAAAUAGUUGUAGUAGUAUAUUGUAUAGACAUGUAUAAAAAAGACCCUCGGUUUACACUUGACCUGAUCUAGCUUAGUAGGAAGUCCAUACUUUAAUAGCAAACGAAGAAAUAGGUUUAUGAAUGAGAAUGAAGAACAAUAACAGCGAAUGUACCAUAAAAUUUAUUAUGUGAUACUGCGUUGUCCGCCGAGGAAACACAGAACAAACCCUUAAAUUUACGCAGAAAUCGGAUAUAACAUUUACAUGUAUCCUUCGAUGCAUACUUGGUAUGAAGUCACUAUUGUACUAUAACAAGUAUACUGUACGUGAACUAACUGAUUGGGAAGUAUAGGACCAUUAAUAGAAUGAACGGAGCAAAGACAAGAAAUCAUCAUUUAUUAGCUAAAUACAAUUGCAACAGGUGUUAUAUUAGUAUAAAGUGUAAUGUAUGGAUGCGCUGAUUCAGGUACAUGUUCGCUUGCGUACGUUAUGCGCCAUUAAUGCGCAUGGCCUAUAUGUCGCCUUAAAGCCAAAGACUUUGUUUUAUUGAAGAAACUAUAAAACAAGGAUUUAUGUAGUGUUGUUCUAGAAAUACAUAAAUUAUUAAUAGUAAUACUACUAAUAGUCGACAUAAACAAAGAUCGAUUAGAACACAAUUAGAAUUGCACAUGUUCGAAUUAGCCUCGGAGAAGCCGAUCGAGGGACUGAACUACUACGGCUACUAAACAUUUUUCCGACUUUAGAUAAAUGCAACAAAAUGUUUGAACUAAAAGAAUGGUUGAUAAGGUCUGUGGGUAUACUGAUCACUUCUGCUAAUGCAGUUAGACCUAAAUCGGCCCACUGAAUACCAGCUGAAGUACCAUGAAGUACUUGAAAACAGUAAGUUCCCUAUGGAACCACUAGUACUUCUAUAAAUUAUAUAGGUUCACUCACAGUGUGUAAUCGACUUACGCUCGAUGAUGUUUAUGGUCGUUGAAAUUGUGUUCGCUAUGUAAGAACCAUUGAUUAUUAUUGUUUUCGAAGUGAAAGCGAAACAAUGGCUUUAAUUCAAGAGAUGUGUGAUAAACUUAUAGCAUCUCUGUUAUAAAACUAUGUCACGCCAGAUGGUAGGAGAGGAGAAAUAAAAGAACUUAAAUCGUGACCGUUUUACGAAUGUAAUAAGCGGACAAGUAAUAAAUUAGGGGGCCUGGUCCCGACAGUUAAUCUACCACAGUGAUGGUAAGACGUCGAAGACGCCUUUCGUUGUCGUCACGUGACGGAAUAUUUUCGAGGAAGUAUACGUCCCUUGAUUCAUAUCCACCCUUGGGACCGUGUCAACUGGGUACAAAGAUAUUUCCCAUGUACAUAUAUAUAUAUAUAUAUAUAUAUAUAUAUAUAACAUGACUUGCAACCUUUUUUGUAUUGUAAUGAAUGAAAACUCUGAAUUUCAAUAUGAGCAGUACAUAGAAUGCAGAAAGGAACAAGAAGUGGAAUAUAGGGCCGUCCUGAUGACGUUUCAUCAUAGUUUUGCGUAAUCGAAGAGUUAUGUGCGAGUAUUCUGACUGAAUAGGUUUGGGCGGCGACAGUGGUUCUUAUUGGGCUCUUCAUGAUGUCGCCAUUGCUGAGUGGGGGCAUAAUGCCAUUUGUGUCUUCGUUUCUGGGAAACAGUGUUAAAUGAAAAACCCCAAUUGUCUAUAUAAAAUUAUAGGUGCAUUAUAUAUAUAUAUAUAUAUAUAUAUAUAUAUAUAUAU